CGGUCUUGAAACGACGUAUAUGUGGCUGAUAUUCCGGAAAGAUGAUCAUGGCGGUGAAAUUCGAAUGUAGUAUCAGUGACCUCUGCAAAGGUCGCUUCUCCGCAUCCUCUCGAAGAAAGUGAACCGAUGAGAAACGAAGGUAACAGAUUUCACUUAACCGAAGAGAAAAACUUGUUAAACCGAUAAACCCAACAUCGAUUUAUACAAAGCAACGUUAUAAAUAUAGAAACUACGAAUCUUCGUAAAUCCUAAUCCUCUAUAGCUUUGGCAUCACGUGGAUCGCUAAGAUUGUGUAAUUUCCGUAACGUCGUAAGCCACUCUUCUCUACACUACCGAUCUGUAUAUAUAUACGGAGAUAUAUGAAAUAUCGUUCACACGAAGGAAGUACGAAGCAUCGCAUCGAUACGAUGGCAGCGAGCGCGCACCGAAUGAGUUUUGAAACGGAAAAGAAAGUGCUGAGAUUUGAAACGGUGCUAAGAUGAUUAGGAGGGGAAUGGAAUGGAAUAACGCUCACUACGCGAGUUAAUAUUGUAACGUUACCAUUUCCACUUUUGGUUACGUUAACGUAACGUUGAUUGUUCUCCUGAAUUUUGACGUUGUAAAGUUAAUUAUAAUCGAUCAUAGAAGUCACGAUAUCACCUUCGCAAUAUAUAUACAUAUAUAUAUGUGUGUGCGCGCAUGUGUGUGUCUAUAUGCAUGUACGCACACUUUACAUACUUGACGUUUCAUUCGUGUAAUUCUAUCUCUCGUCUAAAACUCCUAGAGAAACUACUACAUGCGAUCUUCUGCCUAGUAGCCGGUUUCUAAUGCGGGCGGCUGCGACAUGCAGAGGUUGUUAAACGAUUGCCUAAUCGAAAGACAAGAAUGUCUUUAACAAUCCGAUCUUUCUCAUGUACUGUCCUUCGAACUUUGUUUUUUAAAAAAUAUAUCGAUAAAUAUGAAAAAAACAAAAAAUUUGAAAAAACAAAGAAAAGAUAUUGCUCUUAAAACAUUGAAAAACACUGUGAAUUUAAUUAAUUAGUCAGUAAUUACACUUUGUAGAUAUAUCUGUCAAAGAAGGAUAAAACUUAGGAACUAUCGCAAAUAUUUAUCUUCGUCGAACAUAUUCGCAUUAGCAUGCUAAUACGAAAGGAGAUAGUACACUACUAAUGGCACACUGUAGUUUUAUGAGUUCAGUCGCUUGCCUGCUACCGUCGAGAUCUUUGCUAGAAAUCGCAAAUACAAGUCGUCGAGAAUACUAUAAAAAUUUUUAUUAAAAUCGAUUCAUGAUAUAAAAGGAUUUAUAUAAAAUAAUUUUUUAAUUAAUUCUUAAUCUACAAUCAUAUAUCGUAUGAUAGAAAAUCGAUAAAUUUAUAUUACUUCAAUGUGAAUCUUCGAUUCAUUACGCAUCAUCUUGUGUCUUCCCUUUCACCUUUCACUCGGUGGGGAUUAACGUUUGGCCUUAACGUAUUAGAUAUUUCUCUUCACUCUUGUUUUCUCAAAACGAUAUCCCAGUACAAAGAUAGACGUACACAAAUCUAAUUCAAUUAGUAUCAUGAAAACAUCCUUGCAUCCUAUGAAAAAAUAAUUUAUAAAAGAAUUUUAAUUGUCAAACUAGCUCUUCAGUGUUCAAUUUCUAAACAGUUUUAUAGAAACAUUUUCGUAUUUUUUCUAAUCACAAAAAAUUCUAAAUAGUAUAACAAAUUUUCAACAAUAUAAUGUGUUUACUUUUAUCAAGGCUGGAGAAUACUCAAGGUAAUUAGGAUCGUGCUGAAAGAAAGCAACGUUCACGUCCAGGAUAAAAAUAUUCAAAUUUAACGCAAAACGCGCAUAUACUUAUAUAUAUAUAAUAUAUAAUAUAUAUAUAUAUAAGUAUAUUUAAUAAUUAUAUAUACUUAUUAUAUAUACUUAUAUAUAUAUAUAUAUAAGCAUAUAUAAAUAUAUAUAUAUGUAUGUAUGUAUGUAUGUAUUUUCGUAUAAAGGGAGAAGGUUCAUGCGAGACGUUUUUCACACGUUAUUAUAUCCUACAUCCGGCACGAAAGAUUUCGCAGGAUCAAAGAAAAACCUACACGCAAAAGAAGAGAGAAAGACAUAUAUAGAGAGAGAGGGGAAAAAUAAGGAGAGAGAGAGAGAGAGAGAGAAAGAGAGAGAGUGAGGAGGAAGAUGAUACGAGCAAGAAGCUUAUGGCCGAGCGAAAGUGAAGCCUCGAGCACACGGAUCCCCUUCCUUCCCCCGACCUUCUUUCCGCAACCCCGUAACGUCAGUAUUCGAGAAACUCAGAUACAGCACAUGGCACCUUCUCGUAGCUAGGAGGCAGCUCGGAGUUUCCUGAAGCAUUUGCUAAGUAAAGUGCUUAUCAUUGGAAGAAAUCGAAAUUUCCUGGCGCCGAACUUAAAAAGAAAGAAGAAAAGAAAACGAUAUAUCUAAAAAUCUACAAAGAAAGAGAAGAAAUAAAAAAAAAAGAAAUGAAAACUAUUGAGCGUCCUUGUUCGCUUGCCGUUGCUUCUUUUUUUUUCCUUUUUUUUAUCUUCUUAUACGACGUCGACACGUGAAAGCGAUCGUACAAAAUUUCGUGAGUCCUUUCGAGGUCACACAUAUGUAAGCACGAACAUACAUACAUAUGUCAUACUUAUGAGGUCGAGAUAAACAUGUGCGAUUGGAGUAUAAAAUUGGGUUACAGUGGAUUAUGAGGAAUAAAAAGAAAUUGAUAAAAAAAUGAGGGAAAGAAUAUAGAAUGUGAAAGAAAAGAAAAGAACAAAAAAAGAAAACAACACGAGGUCGAUGUGUACCAAGAAGUGGGUCAAAGGGUCAUAACUUGGAUAAUUAAUUUCUCGUGGAAGAAAGCGAUUUCCCUCUCGUUUAGUUGUACCAUCUCCAAUCGGAUCAUAACUGGACGUUAACAUGAGAUCGAACGGUAGUCUUUUUCUAUACAAAUGUGUACGAGAAAGAGGAAAAGGACAGCCUGGAGAAUAAGAAUCUCAGAAAAUAAAAAGAUGAAUGACCGAUAGAAAUACGCAUUUGUACAAAUUCUUCAAAUUGCAAUUGAUAUGAUUACGUCAUAAAUAUAUAAAAUAAUUCCGUUUUAGAAAUGAUACAACUGCUAUCCAGUGAUUAUAAAUUGCAGAUUCAAAGAAUCUGAUGUAAAACCACUAAAUGUAUUGAAACUUUCAAUUACGUUGUUUGCAUUUUGCCCAAUAUUUUGGAAAUCAUAUUUGAAUUUUAGACGGGUCAUACGUAUGUCGUAUGCGGGACGAGACCAAAAGAAUGGUUUUACCAUGUCCACUUGUCCACUUGUAAUAGGUAUUCAUAAAACGUUUUUACAUAAGGCAUUGCGGUAUCAAAUUCUUUCGAAAUCAUUGAAGACCCUGAGCAAAUAACGAGAGAUUCGUUACGUAAACCGUCUAUGAAUGCUUCGCCAAAAAAGAAAUUUUUUUAAUUAUUAUCCUUCGAAACCCUCCAAGUAAUUACACGAAUUACUGCAAAAAGAAAUAUUUUCUAUAAUAUAUCGAUGCAAUCGAAAAUCGUUUGUCUGUUAAGGUCGAUCACGAUUUUGCAUAGACUACAAGAGUGAUCACGAUCAUCGAUACAUCAAGUUUCACAGAUAUUGUAAUGGAGUAUUGGGUAUACGGAGUCUAGGUCUAGGACGCAACUUGUAACUAGUAUUUCACUAUAGUCGACGAAGCAGACUAAAUUUCACAAUUCCAACAUCCACCAAAUCUCGCGUAGGUAUAUCUCUUGGUAAAGACUUGAGGACCAAUCUUUCACACGCAGACCACUGGAGUAACGGUCGAACAAAGUGAGAGAGAAAGAGAGAGAGAGAGAGAGAGAGAGAGAGAGAGAAGUAUCGGUACAAAGAGAAGGAGGGAAAGAGGAUGACUAGAGAAUCGUCUCACCGUUGAAUUACUCUCACCCGAGAGGCCCCGUCUCUUCUUCGUGGGGGCCCCACAUAUCCCCCUGCUUCUCCUGGGAGUAUAAAGGACCCUGUUCUACCAUCCACGGAGUCACAGAACCGAGCGGCAUCGUAGAAGCCGGCAUGAAUCCCUUGAUCGCGUGUAUGGUUAUCGGUUUGGCAGGGUUCGCCCUGGCCGAACCACCGGUCUCUUCCGGCUAUAGUUACAGUAGGCCAAGUGGGGGUGGUGGUGGCGGCGGCUACUCUCUAGGUGGAGGAGGUGGUUAUUCGAGUGGUGGAGGUGGUGGAUACACUCAGGUAUCCACUGGCUACCAAACGAGCGAGGGUGCUUCUGUUGACGGAGCCCUUCUCGAACAAAUCCGUCAGAUCCUUCUCAAGGAGGAACUCCAAGCCCAACAGACUGGAGGAUUUGGUGGUGGAGGAUAUGCACCCAGCUCGAGUUAUGGUGCUCCAUCAUCACAAUAUGGAGUACCAAGUUCCAGCUACGGUGUACCCAGUUACCAAACUCGCGUCGUAGGCAUUGAUCUCGAAGGUAUCAGGCAAGCCAUCCAGGUAGCUCAAUUUAAUCAAGUUACCCAUGGCAGCGGCGGUGGAUACCCAAGUGGUCCUAGUGGAAGUUAUGGAGUACCCAGCAGGCCAAGCGGCAGCUACGGUGCACCCUUCUAAAGCGGUCGUCGCCAAUGAAAAAGGAAGAGAGAGAAGAGGUGAAAUAUAAAGCAGGAAAAAAAGCGACUAUCUUUCGAGCCAACAACUUAAGAAUGAACGUAACGUCGUCUAUCAACAUCUUGAAGAUACACUAUUCAAUGAUAAUGACAUUCAAAAAACUAAAAGAAUUCGAGGAAGAAAGGAAAAGGAAAGGAUCUCGCAAAAUCGUUGACUAAGGAAGAUUUCUAGGAGAAGCCUUCAUUCUAGAAUGCUCGAAAGAUUGUCGUGCAAAAGAAAGCUCGGUCAUCAUUAAUAUAUAGAAGAAAUAAUCGUCUUAACAAGAUCAAGGAUCUUAUCGUCGUCGUCAUCGAACAACUAUCCGCGAGGAUUACGUAAUAACGCGCGCGCAACAUUUUUGACUUAGGUAAAAAUGAAAUAGAUAUCGUAUGUAUAUAUGUACGUCGUCAAUACAAAAUAGAAUUUCAAGAAUACGAUAUAUAGUAGUAGUUAGUAGAGUAUAUAGAAGCGAAUCGACAGAAUCAAAAGAUCUCUACGAUCUUGCUUCGUCGAAGAUCGUAGAAGUUGCAGCUUUAAUAAGUCAGAAUACUCGAAAAAGAAUUCUCUCGAAAGAAAACGAGAACAAUUUAGGUCUCAAACGAACGAGACACAAUAUCAGACGAGAUGUUAUGAUUCGCCACACCAAAAUUCAUUUUUUUGUUGUCUUACGCGACAAUCAAAAUAAAAAAAAAAGAAAUGAAGGUGAGGAGAGGAAUAACAAAAUAAAAACGAAAACGGGAUAAACACACAUCGUCGUAUGCCAAGAUAUAAGGACAAGAGUCCUUGCUCGAUCAUAAGUGAACGGAAGAAGCAAGAGAAAAGGGCCAGAAAUAGCCGAAACCGAAGACGUGAUUGGUGCACAUAUUGCGCCCUGUAAAUACAAUUUUAUAUUACUCCUUUAAAAUCGAAGCAUCCGUGACGCAACUCAAUGACCUCUUUCGAAUAUUUCGUUGAAAAUAAUAAAAGAAAAACGGAAUGGGAAUCGAGGUUAUGAGAUCUCGAAGAGAUCCCUUAACGAAAUAUUAUCUUAGAAAAAAUAUAGAAAAAGUCGCGGACCAAAUAAAAAAAGAAAAAGAAAUAAUAAUAACAACGAAAUAUCGAUAAAGAAAGAUCUGACGUGCGACAUGGUCCUUCUCGAGCAACACGUAUCACACGAAGCCACGAAUACACACUAUUUUUCUACGUUUUUAAAUGCUAUUCUUUAACCACGCAUUUUUGUACUUGUAUAAAGGCUUUUUUAUAGAAAAAAAUAAAAAAACGUCGCCACCGUUAAAAAAGAA